AUGCAGGAGCUUCAGGAGGCCAUCUCCGAAGCCACCGAUGUGGCCAGGAAGUGCUCUGACACCUACGAGAGAGGAGUCCUUCUGCACGUCCCCAAGAGUGAGGUUGACUUAGAUCAAAAGGCCAACCUCAACGCCCUGCGAGCCUCGAUAAAGCCACCCCCUGACGUGCAAGCUCCCCCCGGCCUUGGGCCCACGCCUUUCAAAUUCGGCUCUCCUCCUCCCCCGGCCGGUGAUGAAAAAGCCAAUGGUGACCUUACUGAGGAGGCUCCUGACGGCUCUACGGAGAACCCAGGGCCCCGCCAGGUCGGCUUAACCACCCCGCCGAAGACCCGUAGUUCCUCCCGCAUACCUCCUCCCCUCGGCUUGGCCGUUUUGGCCGUCCUGGAAGUGCAGCCCAGUGCCACGGCCACGUGUUUUGUUAGGCGUGAGGCGAUCAAGCACCCUCUCCCGCCUUGCUUCGAUCUCGAGAUGGAGCACAUCCGGAUCUUGCGAGCGGGCGAGGGUCGGAGGCGUCGCCUGGACUCUCUCACGGUCCUGCUCCUGGCGCGCUUUGGCCUUCGCGCGUGCUGCCUUAUCUCCGCAACGGACAGGGAGCUUGCCUCGGAGAAACGGCGCGGCUGGCAUGCCCUGCCGCAGCGCGCGAAUGUGGCCGGAGAGAACAUGAGCCAUCUGCUUGAGGAGGUGCCACUUAGAACGAACACCUGGGGUGAAGAAGAGCUCCCGGUUGAAAUUUUUCUCUUUCGAGAUGCGGGACCAGAUGUGGAGAAGCGAAGACUCGAGCGCGGAGACGAAGCGGUUCUUCCGCGGGACGAAGUUCUCUUUUUCGGCCUUGGCCAAAAUUGCAGCGGCGGUGAGGAGUCUGGACUUCCUCAGCCCUGCGUCAGCGCCAAACUCAAGACAAAAGUCCGAGUAGCUGAGGUGGGAGCGGAGAAGGAGAAGGAGAAAGCAGAGCGCUUGAAGAACGUCAAGUGUUACAACUGUGACCAGUUCGGGCACUACUCGAAUAAGUGUCCCAAGCCCAAGAGGGAAAGAGCAUCAGCAGCUGCUUUGCUCGAGCCGCAGGUCGCGGCUGCCUCUUUGGAGCCUCAGAUUUUCGCAGCAGCGGUUGAUCUGAGUUGUCCGGUUGUUGAGCUUGAUGAGGAGGAUUGCUCAGAUUUUUCCCAGGAGGAUUGGGAGGAGUUUGUUGCAUCUUAUGAGUGUGCUUGGUCGGAGCCAGUUGUGCUUGAAGGCGGUGAGCCUGUUGUUGCGCAUGAGGGUUCCAUGUUGCACGUCGUGCUUGACAGUUUUCCUUGUGACAGCCCAAACAGAGCCACAGUUGAGCUUGCAGAGUCCCGCGGUGUCCCAAACAGAACCACAGUCGAGCUUGCAGAGUCCCACCAGGUCCCAGAGAGAACCACAGUCGAGCUUGCAGAGUCCCCAGAGUUGAGCUUGGAAGUAGGUCGUUUUGUUGCAGAUUUUCAAAAUGGCGUUGAGCAUGGCAUGUUGCAUGGGGUAGGUAGACCUGACCAUGGCAUGGUAGCGCACGAAACAGCAGCAGCCAGCCAGCAGCAUGACACCAUGGACUGGUGGCUCGUCGACUUUGGCGCGUCAGCCCACAUCAUCAACGAGGACACUUUGAGCCGGGUGCACGUUGUGAGCCACAGUGAGUCUGCCAGUGUGUGUUUCUGCAACGGGCCGCUGGGUACGUCCUUCGCACGAGAUGGGAUGGGGAGGAGCAACCGGGCACCAGAGGAGUCUUCUUCCGACUCGGAGCAGGAGUGGCGCCUUUCGGGUCGCCGCCACCUAGCGGAGCAGCACGCGGCGACUGUUACGAGGACGCACGAGGACUUCGAGGGAUCCACGGUCGCCUUUACGGCAACCUCGAUGGUGGGUCUUACGCCGGGCCAGAACCUGCUGUUGGUGCCAGCCGCGGAAGUGAAGAAGAAGACGGCAGAGCAGGCAAAGGCAGCUGCGAAAGCAGCGGCGGAGAAGUUCGUGAAGGAGCGCCAGGAGAGCGCCCAGUGGGCCAAGGAGGCAGAGGAAGCAAAGAAGAAGAGAGCAGCCAAAGCCGCCGAGGCCAAGAAGAAGGCAGCCGAGGCGGAGAAGUUGAUCAACGAGGCCACGGAGGCAAAGAAGAGAGCAGCCGAGGCAGUGGAGUUGGUCAGCGAUUCCCCAGAGGGGAAGAAGAAGAAAGCAGCCGAGGCAGAGAAGUUGGUCGACGAGGCCACGGAGGCAAAGAAGAAAGCAGCCGAGGCGGAGAAGUUGGCCAGCAAAGCCGCGGAGGCAAAGAAGAAGGCAGCCACAGAGGCCGUGGAGACAAAGAAGCCCAAGGGCAGUGUGGCCAGAGCAAGGGCAGAGCCGUCUUCGGGGUCGAAGGACCCACCGCAGCCAGUGGUGAAGAAGCAGCCCAAGCCGCCCAUGGUGAAGGCAAUGCCAGCCAAGGUCCGAAAGAUCGUCCUGAAGAGCCGGGCCCAGCGCGGGAUUCCCGGGCAGACCGACACUGCGCUGAGAAUGCUUUCGCAGCGGGCCAAGGAGAAGAAGAAGAGCGGCUACCUCAUGAAGGCCAUCAACAACGCUAUGAAGAAGAAGGCCGAGGAGCAGAAGGGCGCGCCAGUCAGACGAACCUGGGAGAAGCAUAUCAAGGACCACUAUGCUCAGAUCAGGGGGCUGGAGAUCCCGUUCGUGGAGGUGACGAUUUCCGAAAUCGUCAAGGAGCCUCGGGGACCACCGCCGGUGCCACAGCCGAAGACCCCUCCUUCUACGCCAGCGCGAGCUUCAAAGGCCCCGGAGGUCAAGGUGGAGAGCGCGCGUGCAGCAAAGGUGCCGGAGGUCAUCAAGGUGGAGGGCAUGGAGAUCAAUCCCCCACCACCGGUGCCACCAAGGAGGAGGCUACCCAUGCCGCCGAGGGACCCGAGGUCAGCCGGACGAGGGCCCUCUGCGCCCUCAGAGUGGUCACCUGUGUCCAGUCUGCCGCCAUGGUCACCAGUUUCCAGCGUGCCGGUGGAUGCAAAGGCCAGGGAAACCCCAGCAGAGGGGAGAGCCGAGCAGCUGCAUCUUGGGGAAGACGGCAAGAUCUACAACUCCCGGGGCGAGGUGGUGGAGCUGGAGAGCAUGGAAAGCAUCGAGAUAGACGCCCACCAUCCAGGAAUAUCCGAUGGUCCUUCUUCCUUGGGACUCUCGCUUCUGAUGCAAGAAAAGGUUGCGUUUGCAUGUGAGCAUGACGCCGCAGUUGAGCUUGGUGAGCAUGCAUGUGCUGGUGGUUUGGAUGAGCAUGAGUUGCAGCAUGGUGAGUUGCUUGAGCAUGUUGGGCAGGACCGACCACAGCGUGACCGGAGCGAGGCCCAUGAUAGCCAGAGUGAAGCAUGGUUGCUCAGAGGGGAUCGGGAACUGUUGUUGCAGGAAAGCUGGGGUAAGCUAGAGCGAGAACAUGUUCUUAGAUCGCAUGUGCCGUACAAUGCGUCUUGCCCGCAGUGUGUGCAAGGCCGUGGGCUUGAACCCGCCAGAAGCCAGGAUCGGCCCCAGGACUCAGGGAUGAGAGAGGUGCAAAUAGAUAAGUUUUUCUAUAAGGGCCUCGCGUUCCUGGUGUUGGUUUUGGUUGGUGCUUUUGCCCUCGGUGUGGUUCCGUACCGUGAGGUGAGCGGAUCCCGAGGCCCAGCAGCCAAGGAAGCCAUGUUGAAUGACAUGUCGGCAUGGAGUCGUAGCGUUGGCUUGGUUGGUGUUGCUCCCAGUGAGUUGACGGUGAGUGUGAAGUCGGACAUUGAGGGUGUUGUGAAGAACCUUGCGCAGAGUUUUGCUGAUGGUUUGACCGCCGGUGCCAUCGAGGUUGUGGAUGCCCCUGUUGGUCGGCAUGCUGUUGUUGCAGAGCGUGCGGUGAGGACCAUCAAGGAAGGUGCAAACACACUUUGUGCUGGGUUGGAACAGGUCGGCUUGGAGCCCUGCGGGAAGGGUGUUACGUAUCUUUUGAUGCACGUUGCCCAGGUCUAUAACCGGUACCAGGUGCAUCCUGGAUCGGCGCUGUCCCCAGAACAGCGUUGCUUGAAGACCACCCGAGGACCGCAUGCCGCUUAUGUUUGGGGUGCCGCUGUGCUUGCCACUCCUCCUCCCUCUUUGCGUGACAAGAUCACCGGCCGUUACGGCCACGCCGCCUACCUUGGACCAGAAGUCGGAAGUGGAAGCCACAUUGUGCAGUUUAGGCUGCGGGAUGGCACCUUGAAGAUUGCGAGAAGUGCAAGAAUCCGGAUGUUGGUUCCUCUUACCUUUGAGGUGUCGAGCUUGAAAGGUGUUUGUCGCAUGUUGCCAGGAAGGAGAGAUGAUGCCCAGAAGAAGCUCCCCGAGAGCACUGGCGAAAAUGUGCGCGACCUCCCUUUACCGAACACCGCGACCCGAGGACCACCACCAGAGUGGAUUGAAGAAAACGGAAGAACCCCAAGGUGUCGAGCUUGCCGGCUGCGCGGUUUUCCAGCGGAUAAGGCAUGGCACACCCAGAGAUGCCGUGAUCGAUACGCUGAGUUUGUGCGGAACUCCUUCGAUCCCAGCCGGGCGAUCCUCGAUCAAGCCCCAAUUGAAGAAGAGCCGACCGGGCUUGAUGAUUUGGGUGCUGGAUUUGAUGUUGAUCUUGGGCUUGAUGUGCCGGAUGAUCUUGAUCCUUUCCCGAAUUUUCCAUUGGACGAGGAUUUGGCUGAGUAUGAGCCCAGCCUGCCUGGAGUUGAGAAUGAGAUAGAAGUUGGAGAAGAGCUCGAGCAGAUCGAGGCCCCGAGUCCGGGCGAGCUUGAUUUCAUGCAAGUGGAGCCGGAACCUCUUGAAGCACUCCCAGAAGAAGAGCGGGAGGCUAUGGUGUCUAGCAUGAUGUAUCGCGAGUCCAUCUCCUUUGCUGGUGCGUCGGUUUGCUUUGCAGGGGCCACCACCACCAAGGUUGAUCUGAACUGGGUGAACGUGCUUACUGUGAGUGAGCGUGAUGAUGGUGCCAGUACCCAGACCUUGCUUGAGCUCAAAGCCAUCUUUGCUGUGCAGAUCAAGAAGAAGGGCUUUGUCUUCUUGUGGGCCAGUACCCCGUGUACCGGAGGCUGGCCAUAUCAGCGGCUGCGUGCCCGUGAUCCAGCCUAUCGCCGCGGGCGGUUGGCUCAGCACUGGAGGCUUCACCGAAAGCUCUGGAAAAGCUUGGUCGAGCUUACUAGCUUUGUGCAUGCCUGGGCCAUUGAGUGGCCACGUGCUUGUGCUUACUGGUCUUGGCGCCAGACUGAGCAUUUUCUUUCUUCACGCCCCUACGUCUUGCACGACGUUCCAGUUGAUGGUUGUGCGCUUGACAUGCGAGGCCGCGAUCAUCUUCUUAUCGCCAAGCGGUGGCGUGUUGUUACAACACACCCAGCAGUUGCUGAGAGCAUCCGUGUCUAUCGUUGCUCUGGGAAGCAUGAGCACUCGAAGGAUUUCGACCUCAAGAGUACACAGCACUACCCGGUAGAGCUUGUAAAAUCCUUCUUUGAAGCGUUGCGCCCUUGA